CACUGAAAGGCGGAACUGAUGAGGUGGCACAGAUAGGCAGCACUGACAGGCAGCACUGAUGAUCUGGCACUGAUGAGGCAGCACUGAUAUGCAACAAUGAUUGACACUGAUAGGCGGCACUGAUGGGUGGCGCUGACUAACGGCACUGACUGGUGACACUGCUGGGCACUGAUGAGUGGCACUGCUGGGCAGCACUGAUGGGUGGCACUGAUGGGGGGAACUGCUGGGUACUGGUGGAUGGCACUUCUGGACACAGGUGGUUAUCGGCAGUACUUUCCUCACGCUGUGACAGCGUAAGGAAAGUGCAGCUGAUAACCAACAACUGC